CACACCGAUAAAAGUGCCUUGUUGAACAGAUUUUCCAACAUUGAGCAAUGGCGAAAUGGCGAUAGUUGUUUCUGGAAUAAGGAGGCUGCUGGGACGAGAGCGCCGUCAGAAAUGCGGAGUAAGAAAGACGGCAUCUUCAUCACCGGGUCACAAAAGCUCUCACACUUGAGUAGGAGACGGCGAGUGCAGAAACGCUGGGGUGCGUCGCAAGUUCACAUUGAUGCGUGUCACGGUCAGAACCCCAUUGAUGUUCACAGAGCAUCAAGGUGCAGUUCCGGCAAGCUUCUGGCAUAAACUACUGGCAAACAGCUAAACUUGCUUCAGUCUGGGCUCUGACGAAGAAAACAUCUGGUUGAAGGAAACCCUUGCCCUGCACCCGUUUAUUCCCCUCCCUCAAUUGCUCAUCCUCCUACAGGCCAAGCUAUCCUUUCCUUGUCAACAUAGGCUUACCCUUUAGAGCUCAUACUAGCAUUUAGGUGCCUAUAAAGACGCAAUUUCUGCAACUAAACAGAUCAGACAUCUAACAAAUCAAUCAGGUGAACAUCCCAAACGCGUGAAGUCAUGCCGCCACAUUUUCCCAGCAAUCCUGACCACGGACCGCACGUCACAGGGCCAUUCCACAGGCACAAGUCGAUCCACCGGAUCCUGGGGGGAGGGAAAGCUGCGGACGUUCUGCUGUGGAAGAACAGGAACGUGUCUGCUGGGGUUCUCGCUGGGGCCACGUUGACAUGGUUCCUGUUCGACGUGGUUGAAUACAAUGCAGUUCCGCUCCUUUGCCAGAUCGCCAUCUUCGCAAUGCUUGCCAUCUUCAUUGCGUCAAAUGCUGCGCAGCUCUUCGACAGGGCCCCGCCAAGGAUACCACAAGUCGUCGUCUCCGAACACGCCUUCAGAGAAAUGGCCUUGACCAUUCACCACAAACUGGAAUAUGCUGCAUCUCUUCUUUAUGAUAUCGCAUGUGGAAAGGAUCUGAAGAAAUUUCUCAUGGUGGUAGGAUCCCUGCUGUUAUUGUCAGUGAUUGGAGGUUCUUGCAGCUUCACAAGCCUACUCUACCUUGGAUUCUUGUGUGCCCACACUUUGCCAGUGUUGUACCAACAUUACGAGACAGAAGUGGACCAUCUCGUUGCAAGGGGUGGCCAAGACAUCAAGAAGUUCUAUGAGAAGGUUGAUUCCAAUUUGCUCAACAAAAUACCAAGAGGCCCUGUCAAGACGAAGUUCAGAUAAAAUAAACUCCAUGAAGCUGUCAGGACAUAAUAAUAAUUCCAACCAAGAUCCUGGAGUAGAUUUCAAGAAAAAUGAACCUGCUAUAAGAAAAUAUGAUUGCACGAACCAAGUCCCAGAUAGGCGAAGUUGAUGAAACACCAGUUGAGUUCAGACCUGACUGCUAGCAUCCAGAUGUACGGUACCUAUUAAUGUAUACAAGCAUACUCCAUCAGCGAAGCAAUCUAUGUGAGAAUACCUCUGAUGCUAUAAUCUCAAAAACAGUAUCCACUGUGA